AUGGGUGGUUGGUCACUGCAGCAGGGAGCACCCUCUCCCCUCGCCGCCAGAGGUCCAAUCACACCCUACGCUCCAGCCGCCUGUCCAAGUCAGCAUGCCUAUCUUCCGUCAACGGCGUCCACUCAGACAGUGACCCCUCUCACGCAGUAUGGCGCACACUAUCCAAGUAAAGCCGGUUCUGCGCAAGCCUCUUCCAAUUCACCACUCCCACCUCGUAUCAUCAACGACGGGACAACAAUCUUCCUGUCCAGCUUACCCUACUACCAAUCUGAAAGCGAAUUGCGCAGUCUUCUGAAGCGCUACGGGAAUGUUCUUUACCUGGAAAUCCACCCGGACCACCGCAACCCGGGCAAGAACAAGGGCACCGCACGGGCACGGUACAAGACCUUAUCCGAGGCUCUGAGUGCGGUCCGCGGUCUCGACGGCCACAUUCUCCGAGACCGCAAGAUCAGCGUCAAGCAGGAGCGGAACGAGCUUCUUGGCCAACCAGGACCUAGAAGACCAUUGCACGUGGCCGAGUACGGCGCCAGCAGCAGCGUAUCGAAGCAGAAGAAGAACGUGGAAUUCUCAUCACCAGCUUCGGGCGCGAAGACCAAAAAGUCGCGAGACGCGGUUAGGGAACCCUCGCGCGCGAGCGAUAGGUCUCAGCGGUCUAUCUCGUCUACCGGAUCAGGGCCCCUCGUGGUCAACGGUGCGUCGGCCCAACGAGGCAGCCAGGCAGCAGCAUCGUCGAGAGAUAGUGAUGACAGCAGUGAAGGGGCCAGCAACAGCGACGAAGAUUGCGAGGCUUCACCCGACGACGACGAGGAGGGUGUGCAGGAGAUGAUGUUUGGUUUAUGA